AUGUUCGCCAUGGACCGCGACAUGAGACCGUGGAAGUCAUCGAUUUCAGAUGCCAUUCAGGAGGAUGGGCCAGUGGAGAUGCCGCUGCCCAGCUGCCGAGUUGAGCCCUUCAUGAAUGGAAACCAUGAGUCCCUCGGAAGACUCGAAAGCCAGACAGGCCAAGGGGAGUCUUUGCCGGGUAUCCAAAAGCUGGAUGAGAUUGACCUGAAGACCAUGAUGGAGAAAAUGCGGAAGGAUAUGAUGCUCCGUUUGGACGGGCAGGAAACCAUGUUGCGGGAGCUUCUCAGCAGAAAAUCAGCAGCCAGUGAUGUGGGACGCUCCAUGAGCCACACUGUGUCCACCGUCUCGGAGGCCUUGAGCAGUAAGUUGGACUCUGUGAAGGCGACAAGCUCAAUGAAUGUUUGUUAUGAUCUCCAGGAUAUGUCAGAUGAUGAUGAUCUCCCGGCACAUCUAUACCCCGAGGUUGGGUCACCAUCCUUUACGCCAACGAAUGCUGUAUUCAGCAUGUACGAUGAUUGGGACUUGGAACUGUUUGAAAAAGCUGAGCAGUCAGAGGUUCGGAGGCAUCGAUCCAGAUUCGCCUUGAAUGGCAAGGGCAACAGGUUUACGAGUAGCACCGGAUCUAUGGGUAUAUUCACCACAUUCAUCCAGAGGACGGUGAAGCAUCCCAGUUUCGCCAUGUUUUGUGCAAUGGUCGUUGUGAGCAACUCAGUUUUCAUCGGAGUUGAAGUUCAAAUGAGUUUGGACCAUCCAGAUCGCUUGCCUACCUCCAUCAACGUGAUUCAGUACUGCUUUGCCACCUUCUUCGUCAUUGAGUUGUUUCUGCGCGUGGUGGCAGAUGGCAGAAACUUCUUCUGCGGCGAGGACUGGAAGUGGAGUUUGCUAGAUCUCUUUGUUGUGCUGACUUCAGUCUGGGAAAUCUUGGCAGAUGUACUGUACAACGCAUUCCAGAUUGAAGGCACCAGUGGUUUCAAGGCUUUGCGUAUCAUGCGUAUCACUCGGAUCAUGAAGGUCAUGCGUUUGAUGCGGGUUUUUCGCUUCAUCAUGGCCUUUCGAACUCUCAUCGCCUCGAUCUCCGACACGCUCAAGUCUCUUUUUUGGGCCUUGAUGUUAUUGGCUGUCAUCGUCUACGUCUUCGCCGUUCUUUUUACGCAAGCGGUGAAUGACUAUCUCUACGACAUGGACACACCACUUCCAGAACGAGAACAGCUGGCUGCGGAACGGUACUAUUCAUCGCUAUUUGAUACCAUGCUCAGUCUCUUCAUGGCCAUCGCAAAUGGCGUCAGUUGGCAUGAGCUGGUCGCUCCUCUCAGGUAUAUAUCCAUCGUAUGGGUUGCGCUGUUCCUUUUCUACAUUUUCUUCACCUAUUUUGCAGCGGGGCACUUAGUGAGGGAAGGCUUCGGGAACUCUCAUCCCAAACAUACACCGGAAAGGGGUGUCCAAGAUCGAGAAAAAAUAUGGAAAUGA